AUGGUGGCGUCUAUGGAUGAUGUUCCUGCUUCUGUCUCGAUUGAAAAAGCUUUUAUUAAGAAAAAGCCUCGUCGAGUAGCUUCAUUACUCAUUGACAACUAUGAUUCUUACACGUACAAUAUAAUGCAAAUGUUAACUCAAGUGAAUGGUAGUCCGAAUAGUGUCACAGUGAUCAAAAACGAUGACUUUGGUGGCCACUUUGUCGCUGCGUGGGACAGUUUUGUGGAAGAAACGACAAAAAUUGCAGCACGAGAUGGUGUAGAGAUUGAGCUGAACGUUAUUCUAUCUCCUGGCCCGGGACAUCCAGCAGAAAAAAAGGACUUUGGCAUGUGUGCGGACGCCAUUCGAUACGCUACAGUGCCAAUACUUGGUGUAUGUCUAGGACAUCAAGGACUGGCUCAUGUUUAUGGUGGGCAAGUUAUCAAGGCUAGAGAUGUCAUGCACGGACGUAUCAGCAGGGUCGUUAUUGAGGAAUGCAACGCCUUUUUUGCUUAUAUUCCAAACGAGUUUCAAGUGGUGCGCUAUCAUUCCUUGGUUAUUCAACCCGACAAUAUUCCAAAAGAGCUUAAGGUGAUUGCAAGGACAACUAAUGGAGAUAUCAUGGCAGUGCAGCAUCGUGACAAGAUACAAUAUGGAGUGCAGUUUCAUCCAGAGGCAGUCUGCAGCGAAUAUGGCUACCAGCUCUUGCAGAACUUUCGCGAUGUGACGCUAGCUCAAUGCGCAUCAAUGUGUCUGCUGCACCAUCGCAUCUACCCGGAUCAAAAAGACCAUAUUUAUAAUUGCCUGACAACAACGACAGCUCCGAAGUAUCGAGUUCUGGUUCAGCGUGCAUCUACAGAACUCGCAUCGCUUGAGUUUGCGGAGUUUGUGUUUCGUGAUAUGUUUGGAGACUCCAAGCGGUCGUUCUGGCUAGACAGUAGCAAUUACGAUACAGUUGCCGGUACUGAGGCAGCAACCCAAUCACGGUUUUCAAUGAUGGGCGAUAAUAGCGGACCCAUGAGUUACUGUGUUGAGUAUGACGUCAGCAAGGUAGAACUUCGUGUUCUUCGUCGACGAGCAGAUGUUGAAGACGAGGAGGUUACAGUGUGCCGAAACCAAGAUAUUUUGACUCACGUGCGCGAAGUGAUGCAAGCACAUCAAUCCCAUCAAGUACUUCUGGAGGGUAGUGAAGUAGCCCCAACUGCAUUGCCUUUUGCUUUUCGCGGGGGCUUUGUAGGGUACUUUGGUUACGAAGUGUUAGAUUCCGAACAAAAGGGCAGUAAGUUAAAAAACGACGAGGUGCAAGUGCAACGAGAGUGUACCCCAGACGCGUCAUUCCUAUUUACUGAUCGUACAUUAGUAUUUGAUCAUCGUGAUGGUGUCGUCUACUCACUCUCAAUAAGUGCGUGCACAGUAGAGAGCGAAAGCGAUUGCCGCCAGUGGCAUAGCUCAAUGAUGAAUCAGCUAAAACAAAUGUGUGUGGCAUAUCGCCUGAAAGUGAAAGCGCCACCAGCUUGUAUGAAUGUCGCAUCUCAGACAGAUGAAGUUAUAUUCCGUCCAUCGCGAAGCCGAGCCCAAUACGUGGCUGACAUUGAAGAGAUUCAACGUUUAAUUCGGGAAGGAGAAACGUACGAAGUGUGCUUAACAAACCACUUACGUGCCGAGUAUGCUUUGCGUGAUGCACUUGCUUUCUAUUGCAUGUUGCGUCGCCGAAAUCCUGCUCCGUUUGCGGGGUUCUACUUAAGCGAUCCAAAGAAACGUUUUCAAACUUCCGAUUCUCUCGAUCAAGCUAGAACAGCAAAUGAUACGUAUGCAUUAUGUUGCUCAUCUCCUGAACGAUUUUUGCAAGUGCAAUCCAAUGGCUGGAUGGAAUCAAAACCAAUCAAAGGAACACGUCGUCGCGGCUGUAAUCCUAAUGAAGAUGCAGUCACUAUAGAAGAACUUGCCAACUGCGAAAAGGACCGCGCUGAAAAUAUGAUGAUCGCCGAUCUUGUACGUAAUGAUUUCGGUGCCAUCGCACGAGUCGGGUCUGUACACGUACCACGUCUUAUGAGCAUAGAGACGUACGCUACUGUUCACCAGCUCGUCACUACUGUCCGUGCGCAACGACGGCAAAAUACUGAUGUUGUGGAUGUGUUACGCGCUACAUUUCCGGGUGGAUCGAUGACUGGUGCACCCAAGAAGCGUACCAUGCAAAUUAUUCGACACCUUGAGCGUGGCCCACGUGGUAUUUAUUCAGGAGCACUAGGCUUUCUAUCAAUCGAUGGUAGUUGUGAUUUAAACAUCAUCAUUCGCACAGCUAUCGUGACCCCAAACAGUGUGACGCUCGGUGCUGGUGGUGCCAUUGUAGCACUCUCGGACCCAAAUGACGAGUAUGAAGAAAUGCUUCUCAAGGCACAAGCUCUUGUAUCCACGAUUGGCGAGUAUGCUAUGGCAAAUCGUCACGACACUGGGGCACGCGUUGUUGUCGACUAA